CGCGCGCCGGGGCCCCGGGCGCAUGGAGCAGCGCUGAGGCGCCGCAGCCGCCGACUCCGCCGGGCGGGCGGGGGGACCCGCCGGCCCCGCGCGGCCGCCUCCCUUCCCUCGCGGGCCCGGCGCUGAGUCUCCAUCGUCAUCAAAUACAACUCCUUUCAUUCUCCUCUUCCAUUCACCUACCCAAAGACCAAAUCUGGAAAUAGUAACCAAAAGAGAAGCCCACGUCAUCCACAAAGCAGGGAAAGGUUGAAAUAAUUUAAGGGUUGGCCAGAUGCAGUGGGGCAUGGAGUGAACAGAAAGAGGUUAAAUUGAUGGAUGACCAACAAGAGCAGGAUUGUGCCUCAGAAGACCAAGAAACUAUCCUGAUUAAUGGGGUGAAAGAAAAUGAAUCGCACGCCCUGGACGGCGAUGAGAGGCCUUGCACCGCCGCCGAGGCCGCGGUCACAUUCUCAGCCUUGACGUCAGCUCAGAAGGAAAACCACGCGUGCCACCGGGCGCUGCCUCCCCUGACUUCGAAGAAGCCCUGCUUGCUGAGCCCCCCGUCGCCCCUGAGGCUCACGGAUGUGCCCGAGCACGCCUCGGAUGAUUCCUCCGCCCACGCCAUCUCCCUCACGUCCUGCGUGACGAAGGGCAUGAGCUCCUGGUCACUGCCAGGCGACUGCGAGAAGGCUCCCUUCACCAUGAUGGAGCCCGGAGGCAUGUCGGCGCUGACGGGCGACUGCUUGAUGCAGCCGAGCCGGACCUGUCUGGGCUGCUUUAUUGAAUCAAAGGACGGCAUUGAUGCAGAGCCAGGAAUAAGCUUGAAAGUGGGGGAUAUAAAUAGGGAUUAUGACACCUGUUCAGUCUCUGAUAUAGGGAUUCACUGCAUGAGCACAGGAGAAACCAUGAGAUAUGGGGAUCAACUGCUUUCAGACCAGCUUUUAAGCUUCCCUAUGCAUAAAUCGAGGGCAGCGGACAAAAGAGAUGCAGAAAAAUCUGACAGUGAUUCAGAGGACCCCACUCAGAAAAAUUAUUAUGAGGGAUUACUAUUAGACAAAUGCAAUGGUGAGGAACCUUUACUAACAAAUCCCAACCAGGAAUGGGGCUAUUUUGAGUCUUUCAUUAGUGAAAGUAAAAUUGAGCUGCUUGACCUCUGCUCCAAAAAUGAGCUUUCUGUAAAUCUGUUUUCUGAGGAAGACGUCGAUAAUUACAUGUUCGAUGAUGACGAUUCCACCUUGGGAAGCGAUGUCUGCUCUCUGAAAAUUAGAUACGAAUCUUUCCAGGACAACGUGCGGGAGAAGACCACCACCCUACAAGAGGAUGCCCAGUUCAACUUCUUCCCCAGCGUGUUUGGCAACUGCACCAAAAGGGACAGCAGGAGCACCCUGAAAAGGGGGCCCGGCGGUGCCACCGACCCUUCUCAAUUCAAAUCUGAGGAAGGCAUCAUCUGGGGGGAGGAGGAGGAGGACGGCGAGGAAGAGGACGGUGAGGAGGAGGAGAAAGCUGCCUUAAAUAAAUCUUGCAACAGCACGGAGAUGGUGCAGUACGUGGGCUCCAAGAGGAGCCACUUCUUGGACUCGGUGAAUUCCACGGAGGACUCCGGGGAGUUCAGCGACGACAGCACUUGCACAGAGUCCUCCUACGACGUGCUGCGGGACAUCAAGGACUGCAGCCGGUACCUGUCCCGGGACCACUCCGGCUCCUUCAUUCAGCAGAACUACGGGUUGCGGGCGAAGAGGAAAGUGCGAUACAGCGACGACUACCUGUACGAUGUGGACUCCAUCGAGAACGAGAAGAUCCUGGACAAGAAGGAGUGGCUCCCAGACGGGCCCAAGGAGGAGGACGAUGACGAGUGGUGCCCCAAGAAGCGGCGAAAAGUCUCUCGCAAGGAGCCCCCCGUUAUCAUCAAGUACAUCAUCAUUAACAGGUUUAAAGGGGAGAAGCAUAUGCUGGUGAAGCUCAGCAAAGUGGAUGCCAGCGAGACAACUGUUACCCUAAACGAGGAGCUGCUCAGCAAAUACAAGAAGCUGGCCCCUCUGAAGGGCUUCUGGCAGGAGAGGCAGCAGAGCCGGCUGGAUUUGCUCAGAUCGUCUCUCUACCACAAGCAGAAUUUCUAUCUUAACGGCUCAGAUGCUUCAUUCCUCCCUCACCCACGGAAGCGAAAAUGCAAGCUAGCAAACAGGCACCGGAUUCAAAGAAUUAAAGCCAUCGAGCAAUCAGUGAACAAGCUGGGCUCUUGCUCCUCUGAUCACAAGCAGCCUUGCAGCAGUAAAGAGGACACGGGCCUGAAAGGGCUGCCGGCGUUAGCCAUCGCCACCCCCAGCUGUGCCAACGGAUUACACGUACAUGACAUCACGGGCAUCGCCGCUGUGAAAUGCAAAUCGCAGGAACGGGAGCACAAGGGGACGGAGAGGAAAGUGCUCCGCAGAAUCAAAUUCAAAAGUGAAGCCAGGUUGAAGUGCAAGAAGAUCAAAGCUGCUACCAGUACGGCGGAGGGCUCCCCGGUGCUGGAAAACCAGGACUCUGCGGCGCGUCUGAAGGACGAAAACGUUUCUUGUGCUUCAGACAGCUCCCAUCUCCCGGAGUGCCACGAGGAUAAGGUUGCUAAAAAUUCUCCUUUCCUACCAUCCACCUCCUCUUCAGACAAGCCUCUGCCAUCUGCUAAUAUCACCACCAAUGUACCCCUGAUCCCCGGAGGGUAUCUGCAGACGUUGUUAGAUGCUUCUGAUUUGUCGAGCAACACCGGUAUCUCAUACUUCGCCCAGCAUCCCUCCGAGCAGCAGCAGCACCCGCUCCCCAGCAUCGUCCCGGCGGAAAAGCCCUUCCCGGCCCUGCAGCCGGCGCAGAGCUGCGUGCUCUCCCCGCCCUCCGAGUCCGAGCUGCAGCAGUCGCCCGGCCACCUGGAGAUGGAGCAGAGCAGCUUCGGUAAUAUGUGGCCGGCCAGCAAGGCUGCCGGCAGCGACCGCCAGGACUUCCCCGGUGACAUGCGGGAGGCGGCCGGGCUGCCGAGCGAGUUCGGCAGCGGUGCCGCGGGUGCAGACGGCCUCCCCGCCUCUGGAUACGCUCAAGUCAAUCUGAAUAGCAGCAAAUUGCUCUACCAAAAAAAUUACAUGCCGGAUAGCCAACAAGUGCAGUCUGAUGAUUCUUAUCAGUCAUGUCAUUUUAAUAAUGGAGAGGGGCGCUUUCAUUUCCAACGAGGUACACUAAGUACAGAUGAUGGCAGGCUCAUUAGUUUUGAUUCAGUGGGUUCAUUGUCAGUUAGUUCUAGCAAUUACAGUUCUUUAAGUUUAAAGUCUUGUGAAAAGGACGGCGAGGAUGAUAUUAAUGAUGAUUUCUUGGCCCACUGCAGUCCCAAGCUAGUGAUCCAGCAGAGCAUAGAUGAAAUCACCCCUUUGAAGGAGUCCACGGACCUUUUAGACAUUUCCAACUUCACACCUGAUAGGUUCCGCCAGUCGUCGCUUUCAGAGAUGUCCCCUCCGGACACUCCCAACCUGUCCCCACAGAUAGCUGGCUCUGAUGCCAAGCCUCUGGGCACCCUAAAGGGCUUUCAGGAGAGCCCCCAGGCCACCCUCAACAGCUCUGAGAAGGUCAAGUGGAACUGUGGGGUCCUGCAGACUGAGGAUCAGGCAGAUAAUGGGUUUGCUUUAAAUAAUCACCAGUUCCAGUUCCAUAUGUUCAACGAUGAAGAUUCUGUCAGCCUUCUCGAAAAGAGUCCAUGCUUGUCAACAUUUAAUGAGCCAUCUGGUCAAAUUAGCACCAAUAGCAAAGUGUCAAAAUCGAAGAGGAAAAGUUCAUCCAGCAAGAAUGUGGUUACAAACCAAAGCUCUUCCCAGAAAGCCACCCGGAAAAAAUCACCCAAAACCAACAAAGGAACCGAAAAACCACCAGGGAAAAACUCCAGGCAGGCACCCAAAUCUGCCAGGAAAGGGAAAAACACGGCAGGAGUCAACGGCGAGAAGGCUCUGGCCGUUGGCAGCAGGGCGGUCAGCCAGCUGAGCAACACGGCCACGGCCACCAAGGGCCUCCCUGAGGGCGCCCAGCAUUGCAGCCCGGCUGGGGUGAAGCUGGGCAAGCACAAUGGGCUCUCCGGCGAGUGGGCGCUGGGGAAAGAGGGGGGCGCGGGCUGGUCAGAAGCCAGCCUGGGCAAUGCCACCAGCCUCCUGGAUGACGACCAGAGGGAAUUUGAGGAACCUUCCAACAUCCUGUCCAACAUUGCGUCGGGAAUGGCGGAUGUCCAGAGGUUUAUGAUGGCCUCCAUCGAGCCCUUGUGGGGGCCUGUUGGCCACAACAGCGUUCCAGACAUAUUCCGGUCCCCGGAGUCCAACAGCCUGAAACUGAAAACUCUUAAAAUUUUGGCAGGGACAUCCCAAGAGUCGAAGAAGAAGGCGAACGGCGGGUCGCCGGCGGCGGCGAAGAACCACAAGUCAAACAACAAGGGCUCAAGCAAAAACAGCAAAGCCGCAACCUGCGACCCUGGUCGCCCCAACUGCUCAACUGGGUACACCACGGACAUUCACGCUCCCUUUUUUGAUAAAAACUAUAGUAACCUGAGCACUUUAGGCAAUAACGGACCUACCCAUAAAAAACUCUACCGUCAUAAAUCCAGUUCGAAAUCGCUGAGGGAUGAGAACUGUAAAAUAAAGCGAACGGACCGCGAACAGCCCCACAAGGACCCACCCGUGACAGCUGCUUUUGAGAAACUGAGGGAAUCAGACUCCAUUCUUCUUAAAGCAGAAACAACAUUUUUGGGUUUUCCUGUAUUUGAAGAAGAGACUCCCUUUUCUAGAAAGACGGUUGAUGUUUGUUUCUUUUUCUUUUUUUUUCUUUUUUUCUUCUUCUUCUUUUUUUUUUUUUUUUUUUUUAUUGGUUGGGGUUUUUUUUUCCCGUCGGUUCCUUUUCGAAAUCUGCCUUGUGGUAUGUUGAAAUGUAAGUGCUGAAAUGAAGAGUUUGAAAUUGUGGGAAUUUUAUUAUUUGAAAGCAAACCUAAUCUGGUAUUCUCUGUGAAAGACUGUUUUAAAAGUCAUACUGUUGUACAGUAGUUUAUGCACUAUUACCCACAACAACAAAAAAAUUGUGCCAAACUAUGAACAAGUGACUGUAUUGUAUAUAUUUUUACUUCUCUAUCAACAUUGGGUUGUGAGUGUUUUUGCAGCUAUGCCUUUUGGUUUUACUAGAAACAUUCCAGUUGUUAAGUACUAACCACCCCCCUUUGAAAGCACCUGUAACUCACGAUGAAAAUGAUAUUGUUCACUUAUACAACUUACCAAAAGUUUUAUGGACAUGACUAAAAGUGUGCCAAAUUUACUUACCUCAUUUCAUGGAUUCACCCUGUGGUUUAAAGCUCAUAAAGGGAAAAAGAAAAAAGAAAAAAAAAAAGAGGAAAAAAAAAAGGAAAAAAAAGGGGGGAAAAAAAAAGAAAAAAGGAACUUUGAAACCGAUGCUGGGAAAUGGUAAUGUCCUCUCUUUGAAACCAUGAGCAGAAAAACUUAAUGGUGAAAUGUUGAGUUUCAUUAUAGGAGAGAGUUGAAAUGGUGGAGGAGUUCAGAAAACCACUGAUGGUAAGUUUGCCAGGAACUCAAGUGUCUGCAUCUAGAGACUACAGAACAGCUGCUUUUCAAGUGUCUGUUUUCUUAAAGCAAAACCUGUAGCUGAAGAUCAUUUGAAAUGCAAAGUUACAUUGCUAAUUCUUUGUAUCUCAGUUUUAUAUAUUUUAUAAGAACCUGGGAUAAAUUCUAAAAUAGUUAUAAAAACAGAACUAAUAAGUUUCAUACAUUUAUUGCUAUUUACUUUUUCUUUGAGUAGUUUCUUAAACAUUUUCGAUGCAGAGCCUGUCAAAAGCGCUCUCCUAUCAUAGCUUUGGUGUUUCCUAAAUGUCUAACCUUGCAAUGCCAAUAUAGUUUGAACUUUCAAAAGCAAAGUCAUUAGUUUUAAAUACAAGUCUGAACCUUUUCUUUCAUUCAAUUCAUAAGAUAAGUAAAAAAAAAAAAAAAAAGCGGAGCUAUUUGUGAUCUCACCAAUCAGGGCCAGAUCAUACAUGACUGGACUUUAUUAAGACAGCAUUAAGUAUUACAUGCUAAAUGUAUUCUCAAAAGGCCUUAUUUGUAACCCUACUCACCACACCCUCGCCCUCCACGAGAAUAACAAACCCAAGAAAUAUCUAUUUUCCUUGUGCAACUGAGAGCCUGUGCAUUGCAUUUUGCUGCUGAUUUCUCAUGAAACCUUGAUAUGCAAGAGCCCUGCUAACUGGGAGCUGUUGGGAGCAGAAGGAUGCGAGGCUUGGACAUGUUUAUGCAAUAGAAAAUUGUGAGGAAGAGGAGCCUUAAUAGCAGUUGGACAGAUCACGUUCUCGACAUGGUUGUGAGCAUAGAGGUGGUGUUUCGCAGAGGGCAGGACUAGACUCGGGUUUCUGUGCAAGCAGGUUUGUUUUUUUUCAGCCCAUGCGCAAGGCAAAACAGCAGAAUUGUUUUCAGUUAAUUUAGCAAAAAAGCAGACUGAACACUUAAAUGAAGUGGAGUUGCAGAGUGUCGAUUUAGAAUCAAAAUGUUUUUGGCAUUUGCAGAGCUUGAGGUAUAGCUUAGGCUCGGCUCUGCAAUCCCGGAGAGAACGGCAUGGUGAUUGCAUUGCAUUUUAUUUAACAGAUGAAAGAAGCAACUCUGAAAAAAUAGUAAGUCUGAAAACAAUCCCGUAAGUUCAUUUAUUCCAUGAAAAAAUGAAAUGCUGGCAUUGCCCAGAGUGAGUUGCUCUGGCUGGGAGCAGACUCUGGGUACCCUGCAGGUUGCUGCAGGUGGGAGCAGGGUGCAGCAUCCCACCCUGGCUCUGGCUCCAGGAGGGAGAUCCAGAAGCUGCUCAGGGUUUAUUUUGGAGAGGAGAGCUGUGCUAGGGCUCCAUCCCUGGGUGCCUGGCUUGCUUGCAGCCUCCAUGCUCUCCCCUGCUUCCCCAACAGCUGUCUUUUCUGUUCGUAGGGUCAUCAGAUACUGCAAGCUCCAGUCACCGCCAUGGUGUUGGUGUAUCCCAUUUUUUCUGCAUCCCUCCCACAUGCUGCAGGAUGAGGGGCUGCCAGCUCCCUUCUUUCGGAUGUUCAGGCUGCUGCUUCUACAGAGACAGGUCAGGCCCAGGGCUGGUAUGCAGCACUGCCCUUCUUUUUGGCCCAGAACCAUCGUUUAAAAGCACAUUUCAACUGGCCUGCACUGUGCUCAUUAUGCUUGUUAUGAAUAUGGGACUCGUAUAAAAUACCUUGUACUGAACCAGAUAGCAAUAUCUAUUGCAUUCAAGAAGUGUGCAAUAGGGCAUGAAGAUAAGGCAUAAAAUGUAUUGACUAUUUUAUGUUGGAAAUCCAUGAAUACCCAGCUAGGUGUUUCAGGACAGUAUUAAUCACAAAUACCAGCUGCCUUGUUGCUCUCCCAUUCUGUCCUGUUGCUCCGAUUUUGCUGCCACCCUCAGUGGUCAUCCCAUGUUCUCCCCAGAAAUCUCUGACUGGGGAGAUCUUAAGAGCCCAGAUCCCUCACGGUGUGGCACUGGCCCUUGUCUGUGUCUGAAAAAGCAAUCUUUCUGCUGAUAGACCCCAGAAUUUGGAAAUUGCCUUGAGCCAGCCAUGUCCCUCCUCCCUUUUGAUCUUCAUAGAGUCAUAGAACUGUUUGGGUGGGAAGGGACCUUGAAACGUCAUUUAGUCCAAACCCCCUGCAAUGAGCAGGGACAUCUUCAACUAGUUCAGGUUGCUCAGAGCCCUGCUCAACCUGCCCUUGAACGUUCUCGGGGAUGGGGCAUCUACCCCCUCUCUGGGCAACCUGCUCCAGUGUUUCACCUCCCUCAGCAUAAAAAAAUUCUUCCUUAAGUCCUUCUCCACAGGGCUUCUCUCAAUCCCUUCAUCCCCCAGCCUGGAUUGAUAACCAGGGGUUCCCUUGACCCAGGUGCAGGACCUUGCACUUGGCCUUGUUGAGCCUCAUGAGAUUCACAUGGGCCCACUUCUCAGGCUUGUCCAGAUCCCUCUGGAUGGCAUCCCAUCCCUCAGACGUGUCAACCGCACCGCUCAGCUUGGUGAUGUCUGCAAACUUGCCGAGGGUGCUCUUGGUCCCACUGUCUGUGUCAUUGAUGAAGCUAUUAGUGCUGGUCCCACUACGGACCCCUGAGGGACACCACUCAUCACUGAUCUCCAUCUGAACAUUGAGCCAUUGACCACUACCCUCAGGACAUGACCAUCUAGCCAAUUCCUCAUCCACUGAACAGCACAUCCAUCAAAUCCUUAUCUUGUCAAUUCAGAGAGAAGGAUGUUGUGGGAGACCGUGUCAAAGGCCUUACAGAAAUCCAGACAGACGACAGCUGUAGCUCUUCUGUUCUCCACUGAUGUAGUCACGCCAUCAUAGAAGGCCCCUGGGUCGGUCAGGCAGACGUGCCCUCGGUGAAGCCGUGCUGGCUGUGGGGAAUCACCUCCCUGCCCUCCACGUGCCUUGGCACAGCUUCUAGGAGGAUCUGUUCCAUGACCUUCCCAGGCACAGCAGUGGCCUGGCGGGUGGGUGGGUCCAGGGGCCUCCUUUCCACCCGCUCUAAAAAUGGGUGCAGCGUUUCCCUCCUGCCAGCCACCGGGGACUUCACCUGACUGCCACAACUCUUCAGGUGUCACGGAGAGCGGCUUGGCAGGUACAUCAGCCAGUUCCCUCAGGACUCUGGGAUGCUUCUUGUCAGGUCCCAUAGGCUUAUGUAUGUUCAGAUUCCUCAGGUGGUCACAAAUCUGAUCUUCUCUUAGCGUGCGAGGGACUCUGCCCCCCCAGUCCCUGUCUUGUGGUCCAUCUGCUCCAGAGGUGUGGGAAGAGAGGCUGCCAGUGAAGACAGAGGCAAAAAGGUAGUUGAGUACCUCAGCAUUCUCCUCAUCCGCUGUUACCAGUUUGCCAGUCGUGUUCAUUGUGGGGGUGUGAUUUCUUUGACCUUCCUCUUCUGGCUGACAUACCUGCAGAAGCCCUUCUUCUUUGUGCCCUUGCCAAGUUCAGCUCCAGCCGCGCCUUGUUGUUCCUGGCACCAUCCCUGCACAACCAGGCGAUGACCCUGUGCUCUUCCCAGGAUACCUGCCCCUGCUUCCACUGCCUCUGCAUUUCCUUCCUGCCCUUCAGUUUGACCAGCAGGUCUCAAUUCAGCCAUGCCAGCCUCUCGCCUUCCUUUCCUGAUUUACACCUGGGGACCAAGAGCUCUUGCACUCUAUGGAAAGCAUCCUUAAAGAUCUGCCAGCUCUGAUCUGCUCCCUUGUCCCCAAGGGCGGUUUCCCAGGGGGUCCUGUUGACCAACUCCUUGAACAGCUGGAAGUUUACUUCCCUAAAAUUCAUCUCCCCCUGCCUAUCACUACCUCAAGGUUUUCACCCCCUCCCACCUUUGCCUCAUUCCUUGCCAUGCGAGCUCCCCUUUUCCACUUGCCCUUCUUGUCAGUACCGGUGAAUUUCUGUUUUUCACAGCGCUGCUCCCAGCUGUGGGAGCACUGGGACGUCAGUCCCAUCCAUCCCUGCCCACCAUCCGUGCACGCCCGGGGCUCCCCGCAUCUCCCUGCCUUGGCUCCCAUCUCGGCUCAUCCUCUUGCCCAGUCCCACUGCACUUCCAGCCCCUUCUCACAUCUUCUGGUUGGGCUCCUGGCUGUUCAGGGCGGCUAAUCCAAGCCCCGCAAAAGACUUUUCUUCUGCAGCAUCCCUAAAAAUGUCUUUUCUACUUUAUCUCAUUUCACUCCUGCUCUGGUGGUGCUGGUGUCCCACUGGCCACCAUAUGAGAGGACCCGGUGGCAGCGAUGCUGCUCUCCUAAGCCGCGCUGUGCUGGCACACUGUGGUUUGGGCGACUUAUAGUUGGUAGUGAAAUUAAAAAGCAGAAACCGGCUGCUUGUAAAGAAAGGUCACAAAGUCCAUCCGAGAGGACACCACGCAGGGUAGUUCAGCCUGAGCCCCUGGCUCUCCACCCCCAAGCUGGGCACCCAUGCCGUCCUGCAGAAGGGCAGGUCUGCCACGGCACGGGGAAGGCACCCAUCGCCCUGUGGUGGCUGUGCUGUGCGGAGGGUGUUCUGCAGAAGGAAACCCUACAGUAGCCCACCCCUGGCGGCUGUGGGGUUUCCCGGAGGUACUUGCGUGUAGAGGUUUUGUAAUUAGGGAAAUAUCAGUGAUGGGGAUUCAAGUAAUAGGGUUUUUUUUAAAAAAAAAAAAAAAACUUACCAGGUUUACAUCUUGCUUUUCUUUUUUAAGCAUAAAAGAGGGGAGGGGGUUGAAAAAUGGCUUGAGCGUAAUGACUGCUGGACCAGGUUCAGCCAGGUUUCAGGGGGAGGAGGCCAGCAGCAGGCAGGGCUGGCUGCAGCCCGGCGGCCGCUGCUUGGUGAAACCAUUACCGCGCAGCUUGCUUUUGUCAACAGUCAGGAUUGCUGGGUGGUUUUUUGGUAUUAUGUGGCUCAAAUGAGCCACAAACCAAAAUAAAAAUGUUUUGAGCAUUUUCAUCCUUUACCUGCUGGACCAUAUUCCUCUUUCCUUAAGGUCCCUGUCUAGCAAAGCACCUGGGUGGGAGCUUGCUCCCAGGGGCUCCUGCUCCGCCGGUGCUUUCCUGGAUGGCAGCCACCCCUGGCUGUUAAGUCACGAGAAAAACUCCCUUGGUCAGUGUAAGCGAGAAGGAUCAGGUGCGUGGACUUCAGCUGGUGCAAGGUCAGGCCCUCGGUCUUACUUUCUCAACUCGGUGUGUUGGACUUUGCCUAUGCAGCUCCCAGGGGGUCCAGUGGAAGUUGCAUGGUUCAAGCCGCUGACAUCUAUUUGAGAAUGUGCCUCUUUAUCUCUUCAGCGCAUGAAAUAAUGCAAAAAAAGAAAAAAAAAAGAAAAAAAAAGAAAAGAAAUGAAGUACAAUGUCUGUGGUAGAAGCAAGGCUUUUCAAAUCUGUUUCUCAGGUAAACAAUUGACACUAAUGACAGUGGAGUAACAGCCAUCUAAGGGAAUUGGGAUCUAAAGCAGGAGGAUGCCCUCCAUCGCGCAGGAUGCUUGGGUUGCCAGACACGUUUACUGAGCCUUUGAACACUUGGUGCAAAAGGAAACAAGAAAUCAGAUUGGUAUUCACCACUACCCUUCGCUAGAUAGACAAACGUCCAUUUCAAAAGCACAAAGGGAAGACUUAAAUACACAGACUAAACCACACUCACCUACACAAAAGAAAGGUACCAGUUAAACUCCUUUUGUCUCUUACUCCCAGUGGGAAGCAGGGUAGAAAUCCAAGGAGCUGCUCUGUUCCGCUGCCCGCGGCGCCGGCCGGGGCGUUUCGACUGCUGCCUCCAGAGAUGUGAAUGUACUGCUCCUUGAGUUCCCUUCCAUAGAACUAGAGGCACCUCGUUAGGAAGUUGCUCCUGUUUUAUGGUGCUAAAGAAAACUUUUAUCCCCCCCUUGAGCAUUUAAGAACUAUGAAAUGGCCCUUUUUAUGAAUGUAACAUAUCCAUUUCUGUUCCACAUUUUACACUGCAAUUUUAACAUGUUUGGAAAUUAUUUGCCUUUUUUCUUUUAGAAUAAGCUUUAUAAAUAUUCUGUAGAGUCAAUUGAAGUAUAAUUCUUAAGGAUCACUCUAAGACGCCUACAAAAUCUUGUAUAUUUUUAAGUGUGCCAAUUUGUAAAAUAUUUUGUAAGUGUAUAUUUUUCUUAGAAAAGUGCUGUGAAGUGUUUGUAUGUGUGAGGUUUCCCUUUUUUUGCACCUUCGGGUGUUAAUAAAAGGAUGUAUACUUAAAAGUUUCUGGUUUUAAAAACCAAAAUACAAAGAAAAAAAUUAAACUUUUGUUGGGAAUUUUGUAAUAAAAAGAAAUGUUGUGAAAGAGUGUAGUGAUAUUGUGUAAAGGAAACUGGAAAAUUUGUGAGCGCUUUGCUGUUUUAUAGAUCCUCUUGUAAAUUAUUCUUGUAAUAUUUUGGGUUUUGUUGUUCUUGUUGCAAAGGUUUUAAAUAUUUGUGACUGACUCUGUAUGGUGAAAACGUCAUAUUGUUAACUUGCUGAGUUUUGUUAUAUUGUUUAUGGAAUAAAUAAAAAAAUUUAAA